AUGAAUAUAAUAAAAUUUUUAUCAGCAACUAAUUUUUUCAUUUUUCUUAGCUUAUAUUUUGAAAAAUCUAGUAUUAAUUUUUCAAAUGAUUUAAGUAAUAAUAAUGUCUUAACACUAAAAAGAUUUUUAACUCAGUCACCUACUUCAGCAGGUAGUUCUAACGAUGGAUCUGCUGGAACUGCAAGUGUUCAAAAUACGGGUUCUGGUACAGAUUCAGGUACAGAUUCAGGUACAGAUUCUGGUACAGGGGGUGCAGUUAAAGUUACUGGUGCUGUACCUGCAGAAGUUCCUGCUUCUUCAAGUCCUGCGGAACCUAAAAGUGGUGCUAAAGGUUCAACUGAACCAAGAAGGAAAGGUAAACAAAGACGUCAAAAUGAAUCUGAAGCAACUUCAGGAGAUGAUAUAACUCUUCAACAAAAAGAUACAGAAUCAGAAGGUGAUUCCCCUGCUAGUGAAGAUGAUGGAGAAGAAGAUGAAGAUCUAUGCGCAGAUAACAAUGGAGGUUGUAGUAGUGAUCAAAUAUGUGAAUCUCUUGGAGGUGGAAGAGUGAAAUGCAUAUGUACAGAGGGAUUUAAAUUAGUGAAUAAUAAAUGUGUGAAAAUAUCGGAAUCAUCUUCAUUAAAUUCAAUUUUCUCUAUUUGUUUAUUUUUUUUUCUUACUUUAUCUGUAAUAAAUUAA